GUGCUUUCAAUAAAAAGAGAGCAAGUAUCUCUGUUUUGAUAAAAAAAAAAUACGAGAUUUAUCUUGAAACAUAACAAAAAGUAAUUCGUAUUGUGGUUUUAAGUGAUCAAUUUGUGAAUGAUCUUAUGUGAGUUUGGAUAUGAUCAUCAGACAAAACAGUGUAUGACAGGAAUUCGAAAUGGUGGUGCAAAAGAAUUGGAGUAACGUCGAUACUUCGCAACAGAAUUCAGUCACUGAAAAUUCUAAUGGUACAUGGAGCUUUCAGGCACCAGUUAAAACAUUGAAUGCUCGUUCUAACACACCCAACAAUAUGCACGCGAAACAGCCAGUGACCCGGCAGAUUGCCAUAAAUACACUGGCUGCUAUGCACAGAAGAUUUAGUCUGCCAGGGCCUGUACAGCCACACUCGAGACCUAUAGCUGAGUUCAGGGCUAGUGCCAAUAAGUCUUUAGACAUGUUAAGACAGACUAUUCAGUCGGCAGUCACCAGAGAAAUAGAUCAGGUUAUCAAGAAGUAUUUGGAGAAAUUCUUUGUGCCAGCGGUAAAUAACAUUAGACUCAACUUGGGAGAUGAGUCUGUUAGUGAAGAUCAGGUGAGGGCAGUUUGCCGAGCAAUGCUGGAUGCCACUAGACUGUUGUAUACAACACCACCAAGACCUACUCAGUCUCCUUAUGAAAACAGUGAUUCAGAAUCCAGCAAUAGUGUUGAUCCUAAACUUGUUAAACAGUCCAAUAGUCCAUGUCAGAAGCGAAAGGAAUCUGACAAUGAUAUGGACAUAAUAAAAAGGAAGAAGAUCAAACAAGAGGAUACAACAGACAGUGCAUCUUCAUCUCCGUUGCCAUCUCCUGCAAUCAGGGACCCUGAGAAAUGGAACCCAGCAAGAUUGACUCAAGAAACUUUAUUUAUUAUGGGAUCUCAUGCUCACAAAGUACUUGGUCUCGGUAACUCUCGCGGUCGGCUGUAUACCAGGCAUGCUGGUCUACUCAGAUAUCCAGCUGACUCAUCGGACAAGGAAUGGAUUGCUAGUCAUAAUCUUGUCAAUGCUGUGGGAGGAAAAACUUACAUCAUGGUUCUAGAGGACAUUGAAGAACUGGCCAAUAGUGAUGCUUAUAAACAUAACUCUCUACCAAUGUUGGGAGAACUCACAGGUUUCAAAGUUCCUCUAUUCAUGUUGAGGAAAAUAAAAGCGUAUGUUCAUAAAAGAGCCCUAAGCGGUGAUAUAAGCAAUGCAAACAGCCCUCAACCAUGCUCGAGUAAUAUGCCAGAAGAAGAUAAGUACAAAAUAGAUGACAUUAAAGUUGAGCCAAAUCAUGAUAACUUUGACAGCAACAGUUUUGAUGCAAGCCAGUACAUUGGCAAUGGGGAAAACAGUAGGGACUUCUCUGAUGUCCCAAUGAUGAAGGAAGACACAGAUUUUGCUGAUAUCAAAGUUGAAGAUAUUGAUGACAUGAAAGUUGGGGGUAUAAAAGUGGAGGAUUUAGAUGAGAUUAAAAUGGAGGAAAUGAAGGACGAAGACGUUGUCGAUCUAAAUAAUAUUAAAGUUGAGAACAUGGAUGAUCUUGAUGUUGAUGCUAUGAAAGUGGAAGAUAUCAAGCUGGAGAAUGAUGAUGCCUUCUCUCUCUGUAAAGAUGGUGAGGAUUCACAGAAUCAUUUGGUUGAUGGAUUGUUGGAGUCUGAUAUAGAGUUUCUGAGCCGCAACUUAGGUGACAUCGAAAGUGAUGCUGAUGCGAGAAAAACAAUAGAAAAGUUGACUGGCGCCAAUCCUGAUACUAUUACAUUGGUUGGGGACGAGUUUGAUUUGGGAACUACCUUGAACACAAAUUUCUCUGUGAACCAGACAAAAUGCAUCACAGUGGCCUCAACUACCAGCGGUAUGGUGCACAGUGUACCGGUAGCCCAUUUGGCAGCUCCGCCCCGCAUCACAGGCAGUACGGUGCACUACUACACCAGUUCCAAUCUUCCUACGACUGGCCAGCGAACAGUUCAUCAUCUACCACAGGCCACUGUCACCAUACAAAAUAUUCCUGGAACUAAUUCACAAGUCAUUCGAGGUAUACCGAUCAACACUAAAACGGGAACAUUCAGCACAGUCAUGUCCCAAGGAACAGCUAGCACAAUCAUUGGCUUCGGUACUCGUACCUCUAACGCCACCAUCAUCGGGACUCCGCAGUAUGUCAACGUGAAUUCUAAGUCGUUCCCAACUGGUAACAUACUACACAACGCUAUUGUUUCGAGGAACAUCAUAAAUCGGAGUAAUCUGUCUGCGCCAGCUUCAAGCGCGACCUUCAAUGUGACAGCGGUAAGACCGGUCCUACACACAUCCACGCCAAAGAUAAGUACAGUCGUCACAGCAAGUUCCAGCGACUUCGAUAGUAUUUCAACGACUAAAGAUAUGAUCGAUAAUGCCUGCAAUUCUUCUGUAAUGUUGAAGAAGGUACUCACUCUAGGCAGUGCGGGUGCUGCCAAGUCUUUUAUGAUGCAUAAUACGCAGAAGGUAUUAUCGACUGGUUUCGCGAACGGUGUUACACCACCUCCGAACGUUACUAUCGUAAGUUCAGGCACUAGCGGUGGUUUGCUGAACAAUAAUAAUGUGGUCGGACAUUCCUCCAGCACCAUCGUAAGUCCUACAUCUGGAACAUUGAGUGCCACACAUGCUACUCUUUCAGCUUUGUUGGCCUCAAGUGCUGAAAGCUCUCCAAAAAAUAAGAAGUGAACAUCAAUUUACAUUCCAUAAUAAUUUUUACAUUAACUGAUCUCGUGCUUAAAAUAAUUCCUAAAAAUGUUCUGCUCUUUUAUAAAAUGAUGUAAUCGCAUAGUUAUACCCUGUGGUAGAAUUU